AUGUGUGCCCUUCGAAGUCCUUUUGAUGUAGAACUUCCUUUUACAAUAUUUGGAAAACUAAGUCUGGCACUUGAAAAGACCCCGAGAAGUCCACCGGACAGGAGUCAUUCGGUGGCAGUGAUCUACUCGCUAGAAUAUCAAGAUCUAGGAUGGCAAGACGGGAUCGAUGAUGGCACGCAUUUCUCGCUCGUCCAACCGCACGUCGCCGACCACGACGAGCUCGUGCUAUCUGAGGUCAGCGCAAAGACUACGUACCCCGAAGCUUUAAAAAUAAACCGUAAGCUCCCAGGUCGACUUAGCGUCAAGAGCGAUUUACCAGCGACUCCGGGAGCGCAUAGCCGCGUACUCGUCGCUGGUUCAAUCUCCACUCUUGGUCCCGACGAGGCUUUGAGAAUAAGGCGCGUUGCUAAGACUGAGGAAGAUCGAUGGACAUAUCAUGCCUUUGAUGUGUGUUCUCUACUGAGUCCAAUUCAUGGACAAGACAACCUCGGGUUCUGCGGCCAUCCUUGAGGCUUGGAAUUCAGGAUGCCACGCAUCUGACCACGAAUGAGUACAAUUGGCUUGGCACAGCACAUUGUUCUAUCUCAGUUAUCUU